AUGCGAGGCUCCAUUCUCAGUGCAACGGCGAGAUGCCCCGGUGUGCGGCAUGCGAAAAGGGAUCCCAGCUGUGCGAGUACAGCCAUGGCACAUCGCGACGAAGGUAAUGAUGCCUGUGACCUGAUACCCGUCGUCAGACGUCAAUGUCGCAUCCUGUCUGACGAGUGCAAACGUACAAGGCCACCCAGCAAACAGUACGUCCAGGCCUUGCUGGCACGGAUCCAGAGUCUCGAAGAGGCACUGUCGAGCCAGGCCGGCUCAGCAGCAGAAUCAACAAUCGAUCCUCCCAAGGGAGAAGUACAGCACAGCCCACCACCCGCCGCCUUACCACCUACAGCCUCGGAUGCAGCGUCACCGAUACACACACUCAUCGAUGCCAUCACGCCCAGCCCGGGGCGGCUCCACGUUUCCGACACAGGACAGCUGCGGUUCUUCUACUCGCGGAACCACCAGCUCCUAUCCUCCGACGCUGUUGCGUCGCCGAGCGACGCACAGAAGAGAGGAUACGCCGCCGCGAGGCGACUGACCGGUGUGGCUGAUGUGCCCCAAGACCUGCGGGACCACCUCCUCGACCUCUUCUGGUGCUGGCAGAACUCCUGGCACUACCUCGUUCCGGAGAAGGCCUUCCUGCAUGAUCUCCACCGCGAACACUCGGGGCGCUUCUGCUCGCCUCUCCUACUCCUUGCUAUAUUCUCCGUGACCUCCAGGCUGUCUGAUAGGCCGGAGGUGAGGCUGGACGUCGACGAUCCGGACACGGCGGGAGAGGCGUAUGCGAACGAAGCCAAGGUCAUGCUCAACUGCGAGUUUGAAUCUCCGACGACCAUGACGGUCCAGGCAGCUGCCUUGCUGGCCGUCCGCGAGAUGGCGCUGGACAUGGAAUCGAGCGGCUGGGUCUACAGCGGGAUCGCGACGAGGAUGGCCUUCAAUCUAGGCCUGCACCUGGAUUGCUCCGACGCUGUCACGCGGGGUGUCAUAUCCUGUGAUGAGGCGGAGGCCCGGUCGAUAACCUGGUGGGGCUGCUACAUGAUAGACAGGAUGUUCAGCGUAGGCUGGGGAAGACCGGCUACAAUACCCUACCGCAGCAUCACGGUCGAGAAGCCGUCGCUCUAUGGCGAGACAGAGCAUCGAGAGUGGAGGCCGAUACCGCGAGCUGUGUCUGACGUGGUCAUACGUACAUCGUACGGCGUGACAAACUUCCACUACGUCCUGGAACUGUUCGGGAUAAUGUCCAAGAUCCUAGAGCAAGACCCUGCAGAUAUCUGCACCGCACGUAUAUCUGCUCCAGUACGUUCUGCCCUCUUCACAACGUCACUAAGAGUCGUCACCGAGGCUGAGACGCGCAGCAACAGCCUCCAAUACCACACCGCCGUGGUCCUGCUGCACCGACCCUUCUUCCAGAUGUUCCGCCAAGACUUCCCGCUGAAAGGUCAAGACACCGGGCCGCACGACAUUCACAUCCAAGCUUGCCGAACCUCAGCAGAGUGGAUCUCCAAUAUCAUCCGAAUAUACAAGGUGAAUUAUACGCUGCGACGGAUCCCCAUCUUUGCCGUGCAUUGCACCGUCACCGCGGCGACUGUACAUCUGGCCGACACAAUGUCGGCUGAUGCCGAGCUGCGGAAGAAGGCCAUACAAAGACUGCAAGUCUGCGUGCUGGGUCUUCGGGAGAUGAGCACCGCUUGGAAUUCCGGUACCAGGUGCAUCCUGUCCAUCCAGCGUUUGGCGAACGAGUGCAAUGCUGGCGCGGAGGCUUUGAAUGCCACAGAAGCCGUUUCCGAGUCUGAAGGCUCAUAG